GCCAUAGCUGCCAUUUUAGGGAAGUCUUGCGCCGCGGCCUUCUUUUUUGAGGUGGCCUUCGUGGCAUUCGUCGAUCUCAGACGACGGUAAAAAGCCAUCUGGCUGACCGCUUUUCUUCCUCUGGUUUCGAGAGAGCGGUCGUUCCACGCUCGGGGCCUGAGGCGAGGGCGGCAGGGAGCCUUUGUAGACCGGAGCCCGCGGCUGGUCACAGCGUCGGCUGGAAGGAUGGGCCGGUCUCGGAGUCGGAGUUCGUCCCGCUCUAAACACACCAAGAGCAGCAAACACAACAAGAAGCGGAGCCGCUCGCGCUCCCGAGACAAGGAACGGAUCCGGAAGCGUUCCAAAUCCCGGGAAAGUAAACGGAACCGGCGGCGGGAGUCGCGGUCCCGCUCGCGCUCCACCAACACGGCCGUGUCUCGGCGCGAGCGGGAGCGGGAGCGCGCGUCGUCGCCGCCCGACCGCAUCGACAUCUUCGGGCGCACGGUGAGCAAGCGGAGCAGUCUGGACGAGAAGCAGAAACGAGAGGAGGAGGAGAAGAAAGCAGAGUUUGAGCGGCAGCGGAAAAUUCGGCAGCAGGAAAUAGAAGAAAAACUCAUCGAGGAAGAGACAGCACGAAGAGUGGAAGAAUUGGUGGCUAAGAGGGUGGAGGAAGAACUAGAGAAAAGAAAGGAUGAAAUUGAGCGAGAAGUUCUCCGAAGGGUUGAGGAAGCAAAGCGCAUCAUGGAAAAGCAGUUGCUCGAAGAACUCGAGCGACAGAGACAAGCUGAGCUUGCAGCACAAAAAGCUAGAGAGGAGGAAGAACGUGCAAAACGUGAGGAGCUAGAGCGAAUACUGGAAGAGAAUAACCGAAAAAUUGCAGAAGCACAAGCCAAACUGGCUGAAGAACAGUUGAGAAUUGUUGAAGAACAAAGAAAGAUUCAUGAGGAAAGGAUGAAACUAGAACAAGAGCGACAACGUCAACAAAAGGAAGAACAAAAAAUUAUCCUGGGCAAGGGGAAGUCCAGGCCAAAACUGUCCUUCUCAUUGAAAACCCAGGAUUAAGUUGCAAACUCUGAACUUUUUACACCCACCCCCACCCCCCCAAAAAAAACAACCAGAAAAACUUUGUAUGGUAGCUUCAUGUUGAAGUGUUUUUUUUUCCUUUUCUUUUUUUUGUUAUUUUAAUUUGGAAACUAUGAAAAUUUAGCUUGUUCUAAUAGGGGCUAUGCUCUGCAAUUCCUUUUAUUCCUUUUAACUUUCAUUAAGUCAAAUCCUUAUCAGAUCAUUGUCUUCUAAAAAGUGAUAUAUUUUCACACUUUAGAGUCCUAUAUUAGUGGUCUGAAGAACAUCACUUUAUAUGAACUGGAUGGUCUGAUAAGGUUUCCUGACUCACUGACUUCAGAGUUAUACUCUGUUUAUUACACCGUAUGCUGGUUUUGCUGACUUUUUUUUUUUUUAAUAUUUAUUUUUUUUAAAAAAGGAAAAGUUGGUAAUUGUGAUAGAAAAUCCCCAGGGUACUACUGGACCUGUGUAGUAUAUUGUUAAACCAGUGUCCUUAUGAUACUGUUGCUCUUGAUGUUCCUGAUACAGGUAAGGAAACAAGUGGUUAACUCCAACACAGAAUAUAUAUGCAGUUCAGUAUUGUCUCUGUUCGAUUUGUUUUUAUUUCCUUUACAAAAUCAAACCAGCAUUCCCCAUUGUGUAAAUAAAUGAUUUUGCUGAAUAAAGUAAAGUCUUAAAUUCA